AUGAAGCGUGAAAGUGACACACAAAACGACACCAAGGGUACCAAUCAAAAGCUGUCGAUUUCGUCGAUUUUUCUGGCUAUUUCCGAAACAUCUAACUAA